AUGGAGGGGUCAAGUAGGAUGGAGAGACAGAAGUUUCCAUUCACCAUUGACAAUAUACUGAACAGAUUUCCAAUUAACAAUGAGGAGCGCAGGCAGUCUGGUGUGACCCACAACCCUGUACCAGGUGAGGAUGGAGUAAGAUCAGAGAAUAUUCUUGUUGGGAGCCACAUCGAAGCUCCACAGCACACCUGCUCAUGCUGCUGCUACUGCUCCCACUGUGGAGAGGUAUUCCAGGCUGACUAUCCUCCUGAAAGUAAGACCUAAACCUAUGACAAUUUCGAAACUAUGAGCACUCUUAAUUGUUCUCUCUCAUGUUUGUUUAAUGAUGAUGUCUAGCAGGUCAGUUGUUUUUCCCAUUGGCCAGGUAGGUAUAUAGAUGUUCAUGCGUUGACCUGAAAUCAGUGUGCCAAACACUUACAUGUAACGUUAUUUUAAUUCAGCAUGCCAGUAUGCAUGGUCCAGAAGAAUGUUGCAGGAGCCAUGCAGGCCAGGAGGAAACACUCACGAAGAGAUGCAGUCCUUCAGUCAGGUCCAGAGGCGCACACGGCGACACCGCACCAUAUUCACUGAGGACCAACUGGACGCUCUGGAGGAGCUGUUCCUUCAGAACCAGUAUCCAGAUGUGAACACGAGGGAAAAACUAGCACAACGCACUCAUUUACGCGAAGAGCGAGUAGAGGUAGGCUACUUGUGUUUUUUUUUGUCAGCUUAAAAAAUAUUUUUGUUUCAUUAAGUUUUAAAAAGUUUUGUCAAUGUAGCCUAAUUUACUUUUAUUUCGAUAGGUGUGGUUUAAAAACCGAAGAGCUAAGUGGAGGCGACAAAAAAGAACAGCAUUUGGUGUGGAAGACCUGGAAGACUAG